CAUUGACUCGGUUGGCCGGGUUUGAAAACUUUAUAAAUGCGAUGCUCGCCUUCCAAAUUUCAUCUCUUUUACGAUCCACUAAGCUCCUCCGAUACGUAAUAUUAUACACUGGGAAAGGGGUAAAUUUAUAGAGAGGGACGAAAUGUAUCAUCCGACUAGAGGUGGAGUUCGAGGUGGCCGCGAUCAAUUUAGCUGGGAUGAUGUCAAAGUUGAUAAACAUAGAGAGAACUAUUUAGGUCACAGUAUCAAGGCACCUGUUGGAAGAUGGCAGAAAGGAAAAGACCUUCAUUGGUAUACUCGUGACAAAAAAUCUGACUUGGAUUCGGAAGCCAUGAAAGAAGAGAUUAGAAGAAUCAAGGAGGAAGAGGAGCAGGCAAUGAGGGAGGCUUUGGGUUUAGCUCCAAAGCGUGCCUCUAAGUCUCAAGGUAAUCGGCUUGAUAAACAUGAAUUUGCUGAACUUGUGAAGCGCGGUUCUACUGCAGAAGACGUGGGAGCUGGCCAUGCUGAAGCAGCUCAGGUUCAUGGUCUUGGUUUUGCAAGAGGAGGGCCUCGUCCUUUGGAAGAUUCAAAUUUGCCUUCAGGUCUGAAAACAAACUCAGUAGAAAAGCCGAAUGCAGACAUGCCGACAAAAUCAACAAAGAAUGUUAAAGAAGAAACAGAGGAUGAAAGUAGCAGAAAGAGGAAAAGAAGGCAUGAUGAGAAGAAACGUGACAAGCGUGAAAAGGAAAAGCAGCGUUAUGAUGAUUCGGAUGACAAUAAGAGGAGACACAAGAAAGACAGGGAAAGGCGUAGGCACGAUUGAAAUUGAUUUUGAACAUGUCAUUACCUGUAAUAUCCAUAGUUGUGUGAAUUUUGGUGGUGGAUAGUGAAAACGUGAAGAGAUUUUUUAUUCUCCCUUAGAGUUGAUGACUUUGCUAUGGUCUUGCUACCACCUCUGUUGUCUUAAGGUAUUUGUUUCUGCUCGACUCUACACUCUCAAUAAUGGAUUAUUUGAUAAAUUAUGUAUGAAUCCCCUAAUUUUAUUUUACAAAGUAAUUGGAUCCUCGUUUCAAUUUCUAUCAACUGAAAGGGAGAUGUGCAUGUCGAAAGUGGUGACAGUUGUAGUUUUCA